AUGGAUAUUGAUUAUGAUCUGAUUUUUGGAAUUUCAGAUAAUGCUGCGACUGCCGAGUGUAAUGCUUCUGACAAUCAUGUCAAUGAAAUUUCAAAACUAGUUGCAGAAUCAACAUCAUUUUCUCAAGCAAUGGGCGAAAGCAUGCAUGAUGAUCCAGUGGAGGGGGAGCACAUGGAUUCUAACACUCUACUAGAGGGGGAGCAUUCUUUCGAGGAGGAUAAUGAAAGAACGUGUGAUGAUGUUGAGGGGGAGCAAAUAAAUGAUCAUGUUGAGGGGGAGUUAAAUCAAAAUAAUGAAGAUUUUCAUGAUAUUAAUGAUGUUUGUUCGAUUGCAGGAUCUGAAAACGAUGAAAUGUACGAAGAUGCACCUUUGGACUUUGAUCCAGCUUAUCCACGAAUGGAUAAAUGGAAAAAAGAUCAUUCGAAGGAGCAAAUAAUUGCAACUAUUGAUACUUCUGUGGAAACCGGGAUUCUUCUACCACAACCAUCUGCGAAGAAAUCCAAGAAGACAAAGAAACCUGAUGUUGGGUCUUCGGAUACCAAAGCAAAGUCUUCGAAGAAAACAAAUCUGAUUCUUGUAAUUGCACUUGAACUCGAUCAGCCAAAGCCUGUUGCUCCUGAUACCCAGGUCAUUGAAAACGAAAUAAUUCCUUCGAAGACUGGUGUAUUCAAGCGUAUUAAGAUGAAAUCGAAGACAAAGAGAAGAUCGUUGGGUACAAAGAUGGUUCUUAAACAAGUUUCUCACCAGCCAGUAAUUUUUAGAGAAGUUCCUACUCUUGUGUCUCCUUCAAUAAAGAAGAGAAUGGAUGAUGACAUGGCCAAACAUAUUUCUCAGAAGAAGAAGAGAAAAUUGAUCAUUUCUUCUGAUUCCACCGUUGAUAACAUAGAAGUUAUUCCUGAAACUCCUGAAGCAAUUCUUUCUACCGUUGACACUUCAGUGACUCAACCACCCGAAGUUUCGAUUGUCAAUAUAGUGUCUCUGGAGUCUCGAACUUCAGACAUCACUGUAAACAUAUCUGAUAUGGAUACAAAUGUCAUUAUGGGUGAGAAUAAUUCGAAGGUUGCAGAUCAAGGUAUUUCUUUAUCUCCACAGAUUACUCCAAUUGUUCCCAUCACAUCUACCACUGAUUCACCCACUUUUCAACAUGUCAUCAAUACCCCUUUCACUUCAAUUUUUUCAUCUUAA